GUCUAAACGACAGGUUUUUAGCAAAUCCUUAAAACCCUAAAACAUGAAGACAGUGACCGGCAAAAUCACAGAUUCAACUCCGGUGACAAUCGCCAAAGCGGCCUCUAUACUGUCCAAGUUCGUCUCCACCGACACCGGCGCAUCCCAGGCCUUAAACGCUUAUCUUCGUCGCGCCACCGCAGCUUUCGAUGAGUUGGCACGCCUUCAUUCAAAAUCCGAUCGCAGGAAACACAAAAGGGAUUCAGCUCAGACUCAGAGAGUGGAGGUUAGUCAAUCCGGGCUAGUGAAUAAUAACGAGCAGAGAUUGAAAAAGGAGGUCAAGGAAGAGGGUAAUGCGGCAGAGGAGGAGACAGAGAGGAAGAGGAAGAGGAGGAAGAGGAAGGGUGAUUUGGAAGAGGAAACCGAGAGAAGCAAUGAAGUAAAGAAGGAAAGGACAGAGUUUGAAGAGAACGAGGGUAAAGUGGUGGGCCGAGUUGAAAUCAAAGUAGAAGAGGAAAUGAAAAAGAAGAAGAAGAAGAAGAAGAGGAAGAGUGGAGAAGUAGAGGUAGAGGUGGAGGUGGAGGAGAAGGAAGGGAAGGAUGGAUUGAAAGAUGAGGGCCAAAGGAAAAAGAAGAAGAGGAGAAAACAUGAGGAUUGAAAUUGAGUGAAAAAAGAGUUUGCGUUUUUGUUCUUCGAUAAGUGCGUAUUUUAGUGAUUGGUGGCAUUGAGAUUUACCAAUUUCCAGCUAUAUCCAUGCGCUUUGAAAUCUACAUAAUUCAGUUGUCGUUGAACUUCAUAGAUUGCUUGGAAAAUUUAGCAUUUUUAGAAGUGAUUAUAAUUCUUAAAGCAUAAACGACAAUGCUGAGCAUCAUACUGAAGCUGAUAUUGCCUGAUGGCUUGUGCAUGCUGUUAAAAGCAGACCCUGUAUAAUUCUAAAACUAGCCAGGUGUGGUGAGAUCGGCAUCAGCAGCUGAGUCACCCUUGCUGGGUCAACUCAUUGAACAUGGCGGUGCAUUUUCUUUGCCCAUCUGGGUGGGCUAUACACGUUUCCAGUUAGUUGAGUGGUGAGUUUUCCUUUUUCAGAAAAAAAAAAAGAAGUUCUUGCGGUCCUGUUCCUGGGUUCUUAUGAUUGUUAUUGCUUUGCUUUUGGAUUUUUUGCAAUCUAACUUUGACUCUCUAUUCUUUUGUUAAAUUGAGUUGAUUAGAGUGCAUUAUCCUUCUAAGGAAAUUGAGUAAUUUAGCUAACUACUCUAUGCUUCAGCCUUAUCUUCUUUGAUUUAUGUUUGGUUGCUGAGACCAACGAGGAAACGAAAACUGAAGUUCAAUGCUUUCUUAAAAGAAAUGUAAGACGGUGCCCUGCUUUGUUUCAAUGGUUUUGUGCCAGUAUUAGAGAUGUUGACAGUGAACGUGCUGCUCAACAGGAUUGCAGCAAUGGAAUUAGUUUGACACUAUGGGGAUAAAUCAGGUUUUGAAUCUUGGAAGGGACUUGCUUGGGGUAUAGAGAGUUACUGGUCUAUUGCCUAGUGAUCUGCCGCCGGCCACACUAUCUUUUAAAAGAAAUUGUAAAAUUUAAGAGUGAGGAGAAUUUUUUUUUGAUAUUAUCAGCUCUUUGUUUGAUUAAAGUUUUCAUUUAAGUUG